AUGGGCGGCAACGCGAGCAAGGUCACUGCCCAGGACAAGGCCAUCCUCGAUCUCAAACUCCAGCGCGAUAAGCUCCACCAGUACCAGCGCCGAAUCACCGUUCUCACGGACAAGGAGACGGCCGUCGCCAAGCAGAUGCUCGCCAAGGGCGACAAGCCGCGCGCGCUGCUCGCCCUGCGCCGCAAGAAAUACCAAGAAUCGCUCCUCCAAAAGACGGACGCCCAGCUUGAGCAGCUCGAGAAGCUCACCUCGUCGGUCGAGUUCGCCAUGAUUCAGAAGGACGUCGUCUUUGGCCUGCAGCAGGGCACCAAGGUCCUCAAGGAGAUCCACUCGGAGAUGGGCGGCAUCGAGCACGUCGAGAAGCUCAUGGGCGAGACGGCCGACGCAAUCGCGUACCAAAAGGAAGUCAGCGACAUGCUCGGUGGUCGCAUAUCGGUCCAGGACGAGGAAGAGGUCGAGGACGAGCUAGCCGCGCUCGAGGCCAGCGUCGCCGCCGAAGACGCCGCCCGAAACCAGCCCAGGCAACACAAGCUCCCCACGGUGCCCGACACGGAACUACCGGUACCGGGGCUGGCAGAAGAGGAAGAAGAGCUGGCGGCGCAGCAGCGGGUGCCGACGAGGCAGCCCAUGUUGGCCUCGUAG